UGAAUUUUGCAAACUUACCCCCAAAAGAAAAAAAAACGUUUCGUCUCUCUCAAAACGAGUUUGAGUCUGACCAUCGAAAUCCCCAAAAACCCUAAUCUCCGCCACCACUUUCGAGAAUCCGCAGAAACCAAUGGCUAAGAAGAAAGCGUCGCGUAACAGUAACGAAACCGCUACUAAUGAUAACCAGAAAGCACACGAGGCUGACAAGAAAGCCACGGCGCUCAGUCGUCAGUCUUCCAUGGAAGAACACGAUUCUUCCGAGGAGAGGUUCCAGAACUUGAAGUCUCUCAACGAGAUGCUUCUCAAACAGGCUAUGGAGAAGAGAAAUCAGAUCGAUUCGCUCGUUCACGCCAAGGACGAGUUGGAGACCGAGUUGGCUCGUUUCGCGUCGGAGAAAACGGGUUUGCGUGGCGAGUUGGAUCAGGUGAGUGAUGAGAAUUUCGGGUUGAAGAUUGAGUUGGGUUUGGUUGUUGAUUUUGUUGAGAGCCGGUUUAGAGAGAUGGGUGUUGGAGUUGAGAGGUUGAUGAGGGAUGGAGAGAGCGAGAUUAGGGUUUUGAAAGGGGAAAGAAAUGAGCUUAUGGGUAAGGUUGAGAUGGAGAAAGAAGAGUUGGGGAAGGUCUGUGAUGAGAGGGACUUUAUCAAGAACCGGUUUGAUUCACAGAGUGAGGAAGCAAAUCGUUUGAAGGAAUGUGUGGUUCGGUUGGAGGAGAAAGAAUCCGAUUUGGAGAUUGUGAUUGGGAAAUUGAAAUCAGAAAACGAUAAGUUGGUGAAGGAGAGGGAGGUGAGGGAAGAGUUGAUCGAAGCGGUAAACAAGGAGAAGAUUGGUUUGGAGAAGACAAUUGAGGAUGGGAAGAAGGAGAUUGAUGGACUGAAGAGUGAGAUCAAAGCGCUGUUGAGUGAAAAGAAUGAGAUGGAGAGUGUAAAGAUUGAACAGAAAGGGGAAAUCUUGGAGUUGGAGAAAAAGCUAGACAAGCUGAAUGAGACUGUGCAGAGUUUGACAAAGGAAGAGAGGAUUUUGAAGGAUCUAGUUAUCAGGUUGGAGAAGGAUCUUGAUGAGUCUAUGGAGAAAGAGAGAAGAAUGAUUGUGGAAAUUGAUGCUUUAGGGAAAGAGAAGACUGUCAAGGUAUCUGAGCUUGAGAGGUUAGUGGAGGAGAAUAAUUCAGUAGAGAAACAGAUGGAGAUGGUCAAUAUGCAGUCAUCUGAUAAGGAGAAGUUGAUUGACCAGUUGUCUAGGGAGAAGAUUGAGCUUGAGGAGCGUGUUUUUAGUCGGGAGGCAAAGCUUGUUGAGCUGAAUCAAAAAGCUGAUGAGCUAACGCAUGUUGUUGCUGUGCUGCAAAAGGAUUGUGAUGUUCAAACCAAAUCUAACGAUGAGCUUAUCUGCAAAGUUGGUCAGCUAAAUGAUGCAAUUGUGGAAGUUGAGCUCAAGAAAAAAGAAGCUGAUAAGGCACUUGAGGAGGAGAAGAGACAUGGAAAGGAUCUUAAGGCAAAGGUUUUAAAAUCAGAGAGGAUGACUGAAACAACUUUAGAAGAGCUUGGGAAAAUUAAGAUUGAGCGCGAGAGGUUGUGUACAGUGAAGAAUGAUUUGGAGAGUCAGUCUGAAUCACUGAAAACCGAAAAGGCUAUACUUGAAAAGGAGCUUGUACAGCUCAAAAAAGCUUUGGAUGCUCUGAAAGCAAAACUAGAAUCCGCUGAAAUAGAUGCAAAACGCAGCUUUGUGAUGGUAAAGAGUGCUGCAUCUAUGGUGUCUCAAUUAGAGAACCAAGAAGAUAGAUUGAUUAGCGAGCAACAGAAGCGAGAAAAUGGAACAAAAUCAUAUGCUGUGGAGCUUGAGUCGAUAGAGAAAGCGUUCAAAAACAAAGAGGACAUGAUCGAGGAAAUGAAGAAAGAAGCUGAGAUCAUGAAGCAAUCAACGGAAGAGGCACACAAGAAGCAGAACUUCUGGACUCUCGUUUCUGCAGUAACUACAGUUUUUGCUGCUGCAUCUUUUGCCUAUACCGCUAGGACUCGUUAAACCGUCUCAGAAUGGUUUUGCCACUUAACCACUAUCAUGAGUCAUGACAUUUAUCACAUUUACGAGUUUAGUCUGAGUAUCAUGUGAGCUUUUUACUCAUACCUUGCAAAUAAUGUUGUUUUAGGUCUCAGCAACUAUAAUAUGGAAUAUAAUGUUUCUCCCUGAGAUAUAUAUCUGUGCAUCCAUUGAUUUUCCUUAUCUUGUUUUUGGACUUGUGAGCUGGCCUCUGUCUCUGAUUAACCAAGCAAAAGUCUGGAGUUUAGACUGAAGAGACUUUUGGGUUCUGAUGGAAGUUUUCAAGAACAAGAGGUUGAAGAUUCCAUGAAAAUACACCGAUUUGUAAAAUGUACAAGGAUUAUGUUAAUAGUUCAUAAUCCAAAGGCAAGUAUAUUCUUCAUGUAGUGUUCUCUUUUGUGAAAACAGUUUGCAUCAAUUUCUAUAUAUGGUCUUAAAUUAAGGUGGACACCACUUCUGUACA